AAAACCUGAAGAAUAGGUCGGCAAAAAUCAUUAGGCCAUGGCAGGACAAAGCUUCAUGUUCGCUGCUUGUAAAUCAGGCCCUCGGGAAGUUAAAGAUCUGAACAAGGUUAGGCGGAUGCGAUCAACCCCUAGGGCUAGGAAUACACAUCGAGAAUGGCCUGGAGCGUUUCGUUUAAGCUGGUUAUUGAUGUCCAAAGCAAUGAAAUACAAGAAGAGGCAGCGGUGUUUGCAGCAGCGGCAGCAGAAGCAAUGGAAGCUGCUGGAGUGCUCCUCGUCUGCUAGGAAAGAGGCUUCAGCGGUUGUUGCUGUUGGAGGAGCUACCACCUCUGCACCGGCCUGUAGCUCUUCAAAACGACAGCAUGGA